AUGCAACGGUUUUGCUGAAGUCAUGAGAAAGCGCCGUUUGUUUCUGUUUUUCACGCGUUAUAAAGCUCCGCCGAGCCUUCAGAUGAUUUUUAUGUAUCCCCUUUCUUCGUCGCAGCGCUUUUAAGAGGUAAACGGGAUAGUCCUAAAUGUCAAAUAGCAGCACGUUGCCUUGGAACAAUCAAACGUGCUUUUCUUCACUUAAGUUACUUAUUUGCUGUAUAAGUCAAUGGAAACAUACUUGACACUGGAAAAUACUGCUGAAAAGGGAGUUGCUUCACCGCGUGUUUGAGUGAAAUGGAUGGAUUGACGCUUCCAGACUGACCUGUCUCAUAUAAAGUGUGGUUAAAUGUUUUUAAUUCGCCUAGUCUGCUCAGUGAGGCUGAAACAUAUGUUUCGGAGUCUAUGACACACUCAUUAGAUCCAGCGGAAUCGCUCAUCAGCGACCUCCCAUAUAUGUUUUAUCUCGGCCUGUUUUUUGUCAAUGUCUUAAUUCUCUACUAUGCCUUUUUAAUGGAAUACAUAGUCCUUAAUGUAGGGAUAGUGUUCUUGCCAGAGGAUAUGGACCAGGCACUGGUGGAUUUGGGGGUACUUUCUGACCCAGCCUCACUUCCAUACGACACAGACACAGAGCUGGAUGUUUUUGAAGGAUACCUGGAAUAAACAAACCAUGAAAAUGACACUUCCAGUCGAAGCUUUCGCGGGGAAGCUGUCUUUUGGCCGAUUCAUUUGGUUACUGGAGAACCCUGGUCAAAGGGAACUACAUGAUCUCUGCAGACAUAAAAAUAUGCUGCAAAGGUCACCUUAUAUAAAAGGGACUCCCGUGAAA